AUGCCCUUCGUGACGAUGACCCACCCCGCCACUCGUAUCAGCCCGAACCUCCCCCAUGCCAACGCCAACGCCAACGCAAACGCCAGUGCUGAUGCUCAAUGCCCUGGCAGCGAAGGUUUGCGCAAGACCGAAUCGGAGUUCCCGGGAUAUCGCAGUCCAGCUAAUUAUAACCAGUAUAAUCUCUGCCGGGCCGAUCGGCUCGUAACCUACGGUACUUUCAAGAUGGUAUGGUUUAAAGAUCACCCCCUUACUAGAACCUCAUAACUACGGUAGUACCGUACACAAGGCCCACUAGACCCGUGCAUUCCAGGUCAAGGGGUCAGGAUGGAGGCAAAGACGGAAAAUAAAUUCGGCAUCGACGAGGCAUGA